AAUUAAUGAAUGGUCUUUACAAUUAGUUUGAUCUUAAUAAUUACUUACCAACAGCUUAUGUAGUGGAAGUUGUCCCGUUAUGUUCGAUAUCAGAUAAUUAAGUUAGAUCUGAAAGAGUAGGGGACCAAGAUCCAAGAAUUUAUAAUGUGUAUAAUCAAAUCAAAGAUAGAAUCACAUAAUAAACUAACUUAGUAGAUAAGAUAGCCAGAUUUGUUAAAGAAGAUGAAGAUAAAGAAGAAGAUCCUGAUUAAUCAGUUGAAGUGUAGACCAGAUACUUUAAUCUUGAUAGUAUUGAUGUACUCUCAAAAGGAGUAUGUCGAAGAUGCAAACAAGUAAUUGCUACUGAUAACCAAAGCCUGGCCAUUAUGAAAAAUGGUGUGUUGAAGAUGUUGCUGAACCUAAACUGACAUGUCGAUUUUGCUUAGGAGAUCAUUAUUUCUUAAAAUGUCCUAAUAGUUUGUGUUUUAAAUGCAAUCAAUUUGGGCAUAUGGCAAAAGAUUGUGAUGUUGAAGGCUACAAAUGUCAUAGAUGUAACAAAAAGGGACAUAAAUCUAAAGAUUGUAAUGUUAUCAUUAUAGAUGAUGAAAAUAUAUUUGAAAAAGAUAAACAAAGACUUAAAGAUCUUUUAUGUUUAAAUUGUUAGGAAAAAGGACAUUUGAAUUGUUUCUCUAAAGGGUAUAAAAAAUAUGAUUUACUUUAUUGUGAAGGAAAAGAGUUAAAAGAAAGAGAAAAAAUGAAUAAAAUAGAUCACUCCUCUAAACAUAAUAAUUAACAUCAUCAUUCACAUCAUCAUCAUUAACAUCAUAGUAAUUAACAUCAUCAUUAACAUCAAAAUUAGCAUCAUCAUUAACAUUAAAAUCCAAAUAAAUAGAAAAAUUUUUAAGAAUAAACUUAAAAUUUACCACAUAAAACUAUUAAAACUAUCUAAAAAUUAAAAUAUCAUGAAUAAGAAUCAUCUUCAUAAUAUUCAAUAUGGUCAGAAGAAUCACCUAAUACUAAAAGGAUGAAUAAUAAUAAAUUAAGAAAAAAUAAGAAAAGAUAGAAAAAGUAGUCAAAAUAAUUUUAUUGA